UGCUGCAGUAAAGACAGACGAGGGAUAUCAACCGUUAGACAGUAAUCUAUUUAUAGAACAAAUAUAAUUUAAGAGAUCGUGGGAAGAAUUUUAAAUACACAUUUCGAGAAUAACACCAUCUAAAAUAUCCUGUUUUGUGGUCUGUAAAGUUACUGGGAAAGCUAGUUUAGGUAACGUUAGCUAGCUAGCCGUGUUAGCUAAACUUGCUGGGUAGCUAACUGCUCUCAACGAAAGAGAUGGGGACAAGAGCUAGUCGUUUACAAGAGGACCCAGUGCCUUCGGCUUUCGGGAAAGAUGACAUAAAGCGGGAUUCCUAUCGACGACCACGGUGCAAUAGGCCCACCCGUCUUAUGGUAGACUUUUCGGGGAGUUUUGACGAUUCAGAGACCAACCGUAGCCGAUCGGAGGAGGGCAGCGAUUCGGACAUGGGGCAACAGGCGAGCUCCGAUGGAAGCCCCGCCGACCGCAACAGCCACCCGUCCAUCAGCCCAUCAUCACCAUCAGAAGACAACAGCGAAUGCAAACUCGAGGAAGACUGCAAUAGCAGUCCCGAGGGUUCUGUAAACGGGGAACAUCUGCCUGGAGAGGAGACAGGCCACGUGCCUCACCGCACUUUCUCUGAACGUUUACCCGGUAAUCGACACUCUUCCGGGCGCAACGUCAGCGCAAGAUCCGCACGGAUGAGAGGCAUCCAUCAGCGCCCGGUGUCGGAGGCUUGGAUUGGCCUCUACCGUGUCAACAACCGACAUGGCAAUAUCCGCUGUCCGUUCUGCUCCAAGCCUUUCCCGGGUGGCAGAAUUGAGGAUCACCUGUUGAGCUGCCUCACAUCUCCCCCUCUCCCUUACAACACGGACGUGCUGAGUAAGGACAGCGGUGAGUGUUCCAUCUGUCUGGACGAGCUGCAGCAGGGAGAGACCAUCGCCCGGCUGGCCUGCCUCUGUGUCUACCACAAGAGCUGUAUUGACUCCUGGGCCAAGGUGAAGACCUGCUGUCCUGAACACCCUUUUGAUUGACUCAUGGGUCACAUGUCCUGCUCAGUGACACACCUGACUCAGGAGACUGCAAUGUAUCUACAAUUGCAGCAAAUAUACUAGGACAAUGAUAAAUACCAGAGACAAGGCUCCUAAUAACAACACAGCCCCACAAGUGUGCAACCAACGACCACUUUACCAUCUUGGACCUGGUUUAAUCCAUUUGAGCUCAACUCAGACCACUAUAACCACCCCUGGAAUAGAUGGCCACCUCUCCUCUGUCAACGUAGCCCAAACUAUAGCCUAAACUGCUGGACUGGUAUUAUCAUACCAGGUUGGCAGUACCCUGAAAGACAUUUGGAACUCAAGAUGAGGAAAAUGUGUUUAUGUGCAUCCUGCAUUCUUCUUACCCUAAUGUGGACUGUCCAUAUGGAAAGGUAAUUUUAUCUUUCAUGAUGCUGCAAAACAAUAUUGUGCAGAGAUUCACGUUACAGUGGAUAAAUGUUUCUGUUCAUAAAAAAACAGCCCAGCUCUGGAAAAAAUGAAUUGUUUAUGCAUAGAUAUUGAAAUACAUUGUUGUUAAUAGCCCGAUGUUGGAACGUAGGGCUUUAUUUUGUGGAUGGGUUUGCUAUAGUGAUUGUAGGUGUUUUUCUAUUGUUAUCAUGACCUAUUUCAGGAGGAUGGUGGGUGUGAGUUGAUUGUUGAGUUAAAGGCUGAGCAGGUCAGUUUGUUUGGUUGGUGCUGAAACCACUGUAUUAGGUCCUUUACUGCAGCGGUAGCAGGUUGUUGGUAUUUCCCAGGCCAUAGCACUGGUGUCAUGACCAUACGGUAGUGUGUGUAUGUGAUAGCGGUGUGGACGAAUGGGGCCAGCUAAUGUCCGGAUGACAGCGCCUGACUGGACAGCAGAGGUGAACUGCAGGCCUCUCACUGGCUGUAUACAUGAGAGGUGUGUGUGUGUGUGUGUGCACUUAGUGCCCUGAUACCCCCUGGGUGAGAGCGCUAGUUUUAAUCAUAGUGCUACAUCGUUUUUAUCACAGAUACUUUUAGGAACAUUCUGCUACUUUGACAUGGCCCUCCUCUGUGAGACCCACCCCGCCUGUUGUACUGAAAGCAUGUGGUGGUGUUUGUGGGUCAUCAUGUCUCCCUGCCUCUCUCUCUGGGGUGUAGUCCUGUGCUCGAGUCUGGCCAUCUGGCUGCCUGCAUUCAUGUCUGAAUGGGAGGGAGGAUGUAUUUAAGGGCAUGAUUACGCCAUGAGGCAGCUGCCUUGCCUAUCCCAUGAUUCCCGUCGCUGGAGGCAACGAACAGCUGAUGGGGUGAUUAUUGUAUUACCCCACCCCCCUUUCCCCAUAAGAGGAUUUAUAGACAUUGUAUUAUUAUUAUUAUUAUUAUUAUUAUUAUUAUUAAAUGUGUUACAGUUCCCUUUGCCUAUGUUUUGGCUGCCUUUGCCUGGUGAGAGGUUUGUCUGUCCAGGCUCCUCUGGUGUAGUGUAGUCUGGGGAUCAGUAGUGAUGCUACAGUGAGCUGAUCAGAGCACGGCCGGACUGCUGUUGACCAGCAUGAGGAUCAGCCCUGUUCAGCAUUCCUAUUGGAUGAUAUCCCAGAGUUCUUGCCCCACAUCCUGCAUUCUGAACUGAGGUGCUACGACCUUUCCUGCCCCUAGAUGGCAGCCCUGUGCAUGUUACUCUUUCGUCCCCCCAAAAAAAGAAAUAACUAUUACGCCAAAAGUAUGUACGUCUGUGGACAUGAAACAGUGGUAGGGGAUGUGUGUAAAAAAGAGAAAUCGAUCAUUAGGCAUAAAUGUUAAUGUUUGUGGUGAUGAUUAAUAACUUUACUACUCUUCCCUUUUAGCUGUGUGGUGCAAUACCUCCAUUUUUACAUAUGCUAUUACUCGGCAGCAUAGGUCUUCUCCAAGGAUGAUAUUUUCUAUGUAUUGCAUUCUUGGUGUUAAAUCACAGGGUUCUGUUCCUCCUUGACCUUGAGCUUUGUGAAGGUUAUUGUUGAUACAUUCAAUGAUGUUUUUAAGGUCAACACAGUGAUAUCUACAUCCCAAGAUAUGGACAAUCUGCCUUCUCUCUGGUAUAAUAGAACAAUUCCGUUUAUUUAUUAAAGUGUAAAUAUGUAUUGCAAUUCUAAAUGGCUUGGUCUUUGUUUGUUCAUUAUACUGUUUCUAAACUCCAAUCUAAGCUCCAAUCUUUUGUAUGUCUCAGUUGUUUUUAUAUGUAUUUUUUACAAUAAAAAUACUUGUGAGCCCUG